UCCAAGUCAACUCGAGUUAAACGAUGAGUACCGAGUGUCAAGUAGGCUACUAGUAAUUAAGUGCCCAUGGCCUGAGGUUUGCCCUUCUGAACCUUAAAAUUUUGCGCCAGAGACUCUGAACACAAAUUCGCGCAUGAAUACAGAACCUCGAAAUGUCGCUGUGCAAGCUCAAGCCUGAGACACUGUGCGAGACAGACCGUGUACGCACGUAUCACAACAUAUCCUAUCAAGAUCAUUAUCUUGUUACCGUUCGACGGGCCUAUUUUAUGUCUCUUACUUCUUUAGAGGUGGUGAGAUGAAGCUGCUUGACGACACAUCCAGGUUUAUUUUUUGAAUGAUCUGUGUUCAAUGCCGGGAACCGAGUCAAUCGAAAUAUACACCUGUGAAUCAGAUUUCGACUUGCCUGCCGAAGACAUGCGUAUUCAUGGCUACGGCACAUAAUAGCAUCCGUGCAGUUGUGUUGCUGCUCGUCGAGAAGGUCUUGCACCCCGGCGAGCGUGUCGUCGCCACCCUGCGUCGUCCAGAGCAUCUCGCUGACCUUGCCUCCAAAUAUCCAUCCACUCAGCUUCUCGUGGUCGAGUUAGAUGUCGUGAAGACUGAACACAUUGAGCGUGCCUUUGAGCAGACCAAAAAGCACUUCGGUCGUCUCGACAUUGUGGUCAACAAUGCCGGCUACGGCUUGUUUGCAGAGAUCGAAGUCGCUCCCGAGGAAGAGACCAGGAAACAGAUUGAGGUCCUCUUCUGGGGACCGGUCCACAUCAUCAAACGAGCUAUCCCAUUCAUGAGAGACAUCAACCCGUCAGGUCAAGGCGGUCAUAUCCUCAACAUCUCCUCCAGCGGUGGGCAUCAAGCCCAUCCCGGAAUCGCAUUCUACAACGCAGGCAAAUUUGCCCUGGAGGGAUUAACCGAGUCCCUCUCGAAAGAGAUGCUUCCAGAGUGGAACAUCAUCAAGGCAACCAUUGUUGAGCCAGGAGGCUUCCGUACAUCAUGGGGUCACUCCUCGCUAGUGAAGGUUCGCACUCUCCCCGCAUAUGAGCAACCUCAUGCACCGUUCAACGUACUUCGCAACAUGUUGGGGCAUGAUAGUUUCUUGCUUGCUGACCCUAAGAAAGCUGCAGACGCAAUGUUUUCUAUCGCGGGACGUAAGGAUCUUCCUCUCCGAAUCCAGCUCGGGACGGAUGCGCACAUGAUGGUAGUUGCUGAAGCGGAGAAGACGAUCAAGAAUGCAAAGACUGCUGAAUGGGAAGCGUUGGCGCACUCGACUAACUUUGAUGGUGUGGACACGGCUAAGAUCGUUGAGCAGCUGACGGCGGCGUUGAAAGCUUAGAAGUUAAGCUGAAGGAUACAUUGAAUAUCUUAGAAGAUGCAGUCCAAUAUCGGUCAAUACCCGCGUUAGUGACAAUGCAAAUCGUUUAUUCCGUUUACAGUCUGAGUAUAUAGUAAUAUUACUAUUAUAUGCGC